AAACAAACAGCUGUGAAACAGGGCAGAGAGUCAGUAUCUGAAGCAGAAGUCACUGAGAAGAACAAACGUGCUUCUGAACGUUUCUACACACAACAAAAAGAAAUGGGAGGUGUGAUCAUCUUUAUCUUGCUCCUGACUUCAGUCAAGUCCCAGCACAAUAAUGUUUGUUCCAGACCUGAGCUGGAUGACAACAUCGACACUUCUGGGAUCCAGAGGUUCAUCAGUCCUGGGGUGGAGGUGGCGCUUUCAUGCAAGCAAGGAUACACUCCAGUGUUGGGCCCUCGCAAGAUAGUUUGCACUGUCAGCGGACAAUGGACAAAAACCAAAUUCCAAUGCAUACCAAAGCUGUGUCCAUAUCCUGAUCCAGUCACUAAUGGAGAAAUGUACUACGAAGAUACAACUUACCAGAGCAUGAUCAACUACACUUGCAAUGAGGGAUAUAUUCUGACUGGCUCCAGCUUUUCUGUGUGCCAAGCCAAUGGAACGUGGAGUUCAUCUGCACCACUCUGCACACCUGUGACAUGUGGUCUCGCUCCAAUCCCACAGUUUGGGCUGGUCAUUUACAGCAGGAGGGUCAGAGGGGGCACCGUCGAUUAUGGCAUGGUAGCAACAUACUCUUGUCUGCCUCCAUAUGCAGUUUUUGGAAAGGCAACUGCUGAGUGCACAGCCUCUGGCUACUGGACCGAGACACCUGAAUGUGAAAUGGUGAUGUGCCCUCCACCUGAGAACAUUGAAAGAGGCUACGUGUCAAACAAUAACAAGUUAGAGUAUGACUUCAAGGAAAAAGUCCGUUAUGGCUGCCGGGGUGAUUAUGUGUUGGAGGGCAGUCUGGAGGUUGUUUGCCAGAGGGAUGGGAAAUGGUCUGAGAAGCCAUCCUGCAAAGCUCCCUGCAGUGUUGGCAUUCAGAGAGGAAGAAUCUUAUAUAAAGGUGUAAAAACAUGGAUCGAGGACUUCAAUCCUAACGUUGUCUUGCACAAAGACGUUGUCUCAGUCUACUGCAUGAACAAAGUCAUGAAAUGUGGCUACGCUGUGACAACGCAAUGCAUGGAUGGAACUUUAAAUAUCCCAGAAUGCUUUGAAGAACCCAAUGCGAUUAACUACACCGUUCAUUCAAAUUUACUCCCAUCAGAAAUUGAACAGUGCUGAAACAGUGGCUGAUGAGUCUGCGACAGUUUCGAAUAAAUGUUGUUUUUCUGUCGAUUCAAUAAAGAAUAUACUUCGACUAA